AUGGCUAAGCUACGAAGCCUUCCACUGUUCAAUGGCCUUCUCCUUCUCUUUCUCUUUUCCCUUCUUAUUUCCCCUGAAAUGACAAUGGUGGAAGGAAAACUAUGUCAGAGGCAGAGUAAAACAUGGUCGGGACUCUGUACGAAUUCUGGCCAUUGCAAUCGCCAAUGCAGGAACUGGGAGAAGGCUUCACAUGGAGCUUGUCAAUUUCCAGGGUUUGCGUGCUUCUGCUACUUCAAAUGUUAA